AUUUUGGGCUUCAUUGGGUCUUCGUUGCUGUGCGCGGGCCUUUCUCGAGUUGCGCCGAGUGGGGGCCACCCUUCGUUGUGGUGCGUGGGUGGCUUCUCGUUGUAGAGCACUGGCUCUAGGCUCACGGGCUUCGGUAGUUGUGGCUCGUGGGCUCUAGAGCACAGGCUCAGUAGUUGUGGUGCACGGGCUUAGUUGCUCAGCGGCAUGUGGGAUCUUCCCGGACCAGGGCUCGAACCUGUGUCCCCUGCAUCGGCAGGCGGAUUCUUAACCACCAGGGAAGCCCAGGAACUCUUACUUGGUGAGGAUGACAUGCUCAUCCCAUGGCUCCUGGGGCCUGCGGUGCAUUGAGGAGAUUUAGGCAAGUUUCCCUUAAAACAGCUGGACCGUCAGGGAAGGUGGUCUUUCGGGGCAGGGGAGGGAGAGAGAUGGCAGGUGAAGGGAGCAAGACUGCCUGCAAGUCUGCAGAUACUUCACUGCCCGGGGACCGUUGGCAAGACCCUUACCCUUAUCUCUGGGAGAUGCUGAUCUCAGCCCUGCCUGCCUCAAAUCAAGGCAUAAUGCAAACUGUGGCUAUAAAUGUGCCCCCCGAAGAUCAGGAUGGCUCUGGAGAUGACUCUGACAACUUCUCUGGCUCGGGCGCAGGCGCUCUGCCAGAUGUCACCUUGUCACAGCAGACCCCCUCCACCCCCUCCACCUGGAAGGACAAAGGGCUCCUGACGGCCACGCCCACGGCUCCAGAGCCCAGCCGCCCGGAUACCACCCUCACCUCCACCUCCAUCCUGCCGACCGGAGAGCAGCCUGAGGAGGGAGGGCUGGUGCUCCUAGCAAAGCUGGAACCUGGCCUCACCGCCCAGGAGAAGGAGGCCACCCACCCACCCAAUGGGACCACGCUGCACCCAACCACCCACCGGGCAUCGACAGCCAGAGUCACCACGGCCCAGGGGCCUGCCACUUCCCAUCCCCACAGGAACGUGCAGCCUGACCACCGUGAGACCUCAGCUCCUGCAGGUCACGGCCAGCUCGAGACUCAGGCUCCCAGCGCGGAGGAUGGAGGUCCUUCUGCCACCGAGAAGGCUGCUGAAGAUGAAGCCCCCACCCAGCUCCCAGAAGGAGAGGGCUCUGGGGAGCAGGACUUCACCUUUGACGUGUCCGUGGAGAACUCGGACGGGGCCACUGUGGAACCUGGCCAGCGGAAUGGGCCCCCAGGGGAUCCUGGGGCCACGGGGGCCUCGCAGGGCCUCCUGGACAGGAAGGAAGUGCUGGGAGGGAUCAUUGCCGGGGGCCUCGUGGGACUCAUCUUUGCUGUGUGCCUGGUGGGUUUCAUGCUGUACCGGAUGAAGAAGAAGGACGAGGGCAGCUACUCCUUGGAGGAGCCGAAACAAGCCAAUGGUGGGGCCUACCAGAAGCCCAGCAAGCAGGAGGAGUUCUACGCCUGAUGGGGGGGAUGCCUCUCCCCUCCCCCUGCGCUCGCUAGGCCCCCACUUGCCUUUUCUGUGAAGAACUGCAGACCCUGCGCUCCUCCACCGCGCCACCUUCCUGGCGCACCCAGCCCCGCCGGCGGCUCCCUUCCCGCGGAGUCCUGGGCGUGCCGGGGAGAGGGCUCGUCUCCGCUUCUCUGACUUCUGCCUGGAGACUUGGGCACAAGGGCUUUCUCGCGCAUAUGACCGACCUUUCCAUCACAGCCGACACCUGGCAGCCCACCGCGCUGACUCAUUUUCUCCAAACCGGAGCAGCCCGUCCCCAGGCCCAACUCUGGAGAGAAGGGGACCCCGCUGCUCGGGA